CCGAAUGUUUGUGUGAAAAGUUAUCUAGAAGUAAAGUUAAUUACGUUAUUUCAGAUCGUCUAAUUGUAAAAUAAAUGGAGUAACACUUUGAGUAAUAAGGUCAGAUGACAUCUUCAAAGUUUGUUCCGAUAGUAUCAUGGCUAUUUUGGUUCAUUUAUCAAGAUGUGGUUUCUGCUAAGUUAUGUAAUGUUGCAUUAUGUAGACCAACAAACCAAACUUCAUUGCAUCCAAACUACAACCAUACGUUGGCUUCAUCGUGCAAUGCUGUGGAUGGCAUAUAUGAUUCUAAUAUAGAUCAGCAAUCGUGUAUAUAUACACACUGGGAUCCAAUGCUGAACUUCUUCCCUUCCUGGCAGAUCGACUUGGGCGACAUCUACAAUAUAGCAUAUAUUAGUAUCACCUUGAGACAAGACGGAUAUGAACCAAAAUAUGUUAAAAAUAUACUUAUCAAGGUUGGGAACAGUUUGACAAGUGCCGGGGAAUUAAUUAAUCCAUUACAAUGUGUCGAUGUUUAUAAUCCUCCAACCAACUUAGGAACACCGUUAAAGUUGUUCUGCAACACACAACGAUCAGCUAGAUACUUAAGAAUAGAAAAAGAAGACCUUUACUUCAGUUGGCUCAGCUUUUGUGAACUGGAAGUUUUCUCGGACAUAACAGAUACUUAUUGUCCAGAUCCCCCCAAAGACUGGACAUGCCGUGAUUUGACUCAUACAUCAACUACUCCCAGGUCACAAUGUGUUGAAACAAAGCCUACCACACAAUCUUCAAAAACAACAAUGGAAGUUGUCACAACCACGGAAACCGUGACUACAACUGCACAAAUCACAACAACGGAGGAUGUCACAACAACGGAAACCGUGACUACUAAAGCUCCAAUUGCAACAACGGAGGAUGUCUCAACCACGGAAACAAUUACAACAGCUGUUCCAACGACCCCCGCGAAGGAAGUCUCAACAACUGAAACAAUUACAUCAGCUGUUCCGACAACUGUAAACAGUGUUACAACCACAAAAUUAGAGGCUACACCAAUAAACUCUAUUUCAGAGCCUGAUAAUAUGUGUUAUUGUCCGUGUAACAGUGGGGGAUAUCUUGUUCUGACAGAUGCAGAACUCCAAGAAAAAAUAGAAAAAAUAAUUUCAGAAAUAAAAGUAGAUCCAAAAGGAACGUCGUUGGCAAAACGAAAAUUGAUAAGUGCUGAUGAUAGCAGACCGUCGGCUAAAGCAGUAGGGUCUUUAGGUAUUGUUAUUUUAGUUGUAAUUGCUGGUUUUAUAGUUAUCAUGGAUUCAGACGUAAUUUACAGAAGUAUAGAACAAUUUAUUGCAAGGAGGAAGAAGAAUAAAAGUAUUGAAGAAAAUUAA